AUUGCGAUCGGCCGCAUGAUGACUAGGCGCGCGCCCUCAAUAAAAAAAAGCGUCAACAGAGGGCGUCUUAUUUGGCCUUUUGCUGUAUACUCUCGAUACAAGAUGGCUGACGCCGCUCAAGGUGAGGUUAAGAAGAAGCGUACCUUCAGGAAGUACACCUACCGAGGUGUGGACCUGGAACAGCUACUGGACAUGAACAACGAGCAGCUGAUGGAGCUGUUUUGCUGCCGGGCCCGCCGUAAGUACAACCGUGGCCUGAAGCGCAAGCCCAUGGCCCUCAUCAAGAAGCUCCGCAAGGCCAAGAAGGAGGCUCCCCCGAUGGAGAAACCCGAGGUGGUCAAGACCCAUCUCAGGAACAUGAUCAUCGUGCCGGAGAUGGUGGGCAGCAUCGUGGGCGUGUACCAGGGCAAGACCUUCAACCAGGUGGAGGUCAAGCCUGACAUGAUCGGCCACUACCUAGGAGAGUUCAGCAUCACCUACAAGCCAGUCAAGCACGGCCGACCCGGUAUCGGUGCCACCCAUUCCUCUCGAUUCAUCCCACUCAAGUAGACCCGCCGUGGAUGCAGAGAUGAUUGGUGUUUAGGGCUGUUGGACUUUGUAAUUAGCGAUGAUGAUGAUGAUGAUGACGAAAAAGAUUAAUAAAAUGGGCCACAAGAGCCUUUUUAUUGACAAGUAC